CUUUCUCACCAGACGCGCUCGCACCACUCUACUGAACCCCCUUGACCACCCCUCUACUACUACUACCACCCCGUAUCAAUAGCACUGUAGCAUGCUCCGCUCCCCUGUUGCCCGGCUUGCGCGCGCCGCCUCGCGGCACACGCCGCGCCACCACCUCCGCGCCAUCUCCACCACGGGCUCGCGUGGCCUCGCCACCCCGACCGACAAGAUGGUCGGCGCGUCGAGCCAGUGGGCCAACCCGUUCCCGCACGACCAGUUCCACGUCGGGAGCGAGAACGGCUUCCUGCCCCGCCAGGACCCGCUCGCUGUCCUGCCCCAGGAGUACGAGGCCAUGGAGGACCUCCUUGACCGCAUGCCCCUCAAGAUGGCUGAUGGCUCGGCCGGCCUCCUGGCCACUGGCGCGUUCGGCGACGCCGUCGAGAAAGACCUCCCAGAGUACGACAUCUCAAAGGUGUCGGACCCGCAGCUCCUCUCUGCCCUCUAUCGCGACCUCACGUUCGUCGCGAGCGGAUACCUCCUCGAGCCAUGCGACAUCAACUACCGCAACACGGGCGGCUACGGCCUCGGACGGCAGACGCUCCCCCGCAACAUUGCGGUGCCACUCACCGAGGUCGCCAAGAAGAUUGGCCAGCGCCCCUUCAUGGAGUAUGCGCUCUCGUACGCGCUGUACAACUACAAGCGUGUCGACCCGUCCAAGCCGCUCGACUAUGACAACCUCGAGCUGAUCCGCUCCUUCUCGCGCCACGAGGCCGAGCACGGCUUUAUCCUCGUCCACGUCGCCAUGGUGCGCAACUCUGGCGGGCUCGUCGACGCGUCCCUCGCUGCGCUCGACGCCGCCGCCCAGGGCAACCGCCCGGCCUUCAACGCCGCCAUGGACAAGAUGCGCGAGACGUACCAGGUCGUCAACAACGUCAUGGAGACCAUGUGGGGCCGCAGCGCGCCAGAGGCCUACCUGUCGUACCGCACCUUCAUCAUGGGUACCCGCGCACAGCCAAUGUUCCCCAACGGCGUCAUCUACGAGGGCGUGUCGGACGAGCCGUUCCAGAUGCGUGGCGAGUCGGGCGCCAACGACUCGAUGGUGCCCCUCGGCGACAACCUCCUCGAGCUGACGGGCAACAUGCCCGUCAACCCCCUCACCGAGGUGCUCCGCGACUUUAGGACCUACCGCCCGCGCAACCACCAGCAGUUCCUCACGUACGUGCAGCAGCGCGCGUCGGCCGUCGGCAUCCGCGAGUUUGCCAUGGGCGACUCGACCAGCGCCGCGCUGUACCUCGCCAACCUGGACCAGAUCCGCGCCUUCCGCCACCGCCACUGGAACUUCACCAAGCACUACAUCCUCAAGCGCACCAAGCACCCCGUCGCGACGGGCGGCUCGCCGAUCGUGACGUGGCUCCCGAACCAGCUCGACGCCGUGCUCCAGCAGAUGCUGGUCACCGAGGCCGGCAUCGACCGUGAGGCCCUCCCGCCGCAGUACCAGACGAUGGUGGAGGAGAUCUCGCUGCGCGCCGAGGCGCAGCAGCGCGUGCUCACCCGCGAGGUCGCGCGCCUCACCAUCGAGCGCGGCGCGCAGGCCGCCAAGGUCGACCCGUCCAAGCCGCAGGACGGAUACGCCACCUCGGCGUGAGGGGGUUCUUCGAGAGGCCGCUCUUGGGUUAUGAGGUCGAAGUAGAACGUAAUGCUAGAAGAAGAAGUGCAUGCACGUGUGUGAAGUGUG